AGGUUGUGUCUUUUGGCUUUUAUCAUCGCCGCCGGGACACUAAAGAGAGAGAGAGAGAAAGGGGUUAGAUUUGUGCUUUGAUCUCUCUUCUCGAUUCACUCUAAAAUCGGAGAUUUCUGUUAGGGUUUUGGUCGUCGUUGAGAGAUCGAAGAUUUUGUGUUUUUAGAAAACAUUUCAAGAAAUCUUUUAGGGAUCGUAAUCGUAUCGGUGUGCCUAUUUGCACUGGUUGGCGAUUUACCAGUGAGUACAGAGUGGGUUGGUUGAUUUUAUCAGAUGGCAUCAGAGGAUGUGAAAAGGACUGAAUCUGCAGCUGUUUCUACGAUCGUUAAUCUGGCGGAGGAAGCGAAGUUAGCGAGGGAAGGAGUCAAAGCUCCCAGUUAUGCUGUUCUCAGCAUCUGCAAGUCUCUUUUCGCCGGUGGCGUUGCUGGUGGAGUGUCACGAACUGCAGUUGCACCUCUGGAAAGGAUGAAGAUAUUACUUCAGGUCCAAAAUCCGCAUAAUAUAAAGUACAGUGGGACAGUCCAAGGGCUGAAGUAUAUUUGGAGAACUGAGGGCCUUCGUGGACUGUUCAAAGGGAAUGGCACCAACUGUGCUCGUAUCGUCCCAAAUUCGGCUGUGAAAUUUUUCAGCUAUGAGCAAGCUUCAAAGGGAAUACUGUACAUGUAUCGACAGCAGACGGGAAAUGAAAAUGCCCAACUCACUCCUGUUUUACGGCUUGGAGCUGGUGCAACUGCUGGAAUCAUAGCCAUGUCUGCAACAUAUCCGAUGGAUAUGGUUCGUGGGAGGCUUACUGUACAGACUGCAAAUUCUCCUUAUCAAUAUAGAGGAAUUGCCCAUGCUUUGUCAACUGUCCUGCGAGAGGAAGGUCCACGAGCCUUGUACCGUGGUUGGCUUCCUUCAGUGAUUGGAGUUGUUCCAUAUGUGGGUUUGAACUUUGCGGUCUAUGAGUCUCUAAAGGACUGGCUAGUUAAAGACAACCCUUUUGGUCUAGUAGAAAACAAUGAGCUGACGAUUGUAACGAGGCUCACUUGUGGUGCAGUAGCUGGAACAGUUGGUCAAACAAUUGCUUAUCCGCUGGACGUGAUCCGUAGGAGAAUGCAAAUGGUUGGGUGGAAAGAUGCUUCCUCUGUUGUGACAGGCGAAGGGAGAAGCAAGGCUUCGCUUGAAUACACUGGUAUGGUCGAUGCAUUUAGAAAAACAGUUCGUCAUGAAGGCUUUGGAGCAUUGUACAAGGGUUUGGUCCCCAACUCAGUGAAGGUUGUACCGUCGAUUGCGAUAGCGUUUGUGACAUACGAGAUGGUGAAAGAUGUUUUAGGUGUGGAGUUUAGGAUAUCAGACUGAGUAAUCUGAUAUGUUUUGUCGACAUAAAGCAUACUUCUAUUUUUGUAGCCAGAGGAGACAGAAGAGAAGUUCAAAAAUUUAGGGGCUUUAUUUAUCUCCUUUCAACAUCCGGUGGGAAGGAUAAAGGCUAUAGGGGCUUAGCCAAAACUCUUUUUUUUUUUUUUCUUUUAAUUUCUUCUUAUAGAUUGGGUUUAUGCUUCUGUGCUGAAUCAAAUAAGUCAGUGGCCAACUACAUUUGGUACUCUGCAGUUUGUGCUACAAAACAUGUUUGGGCUGGUCGUUUGGCAUUCAAUUAUUCACUAUUUGUUAUGACUCUUAUUGGUUACUUGCCGUUUAGUUGAAUAAUUCUGCUGUACUUCGUAUUGUAUUAAUAACACAACACAUACGGGCUUGUUUGUGA